AUGAUUCCACAACAAGAACCCGAAUUUAACCUCAAUCACCUCAAGCUUUAUUACGGAAAACUGUUUCCUUUUGCUGAUUUGGUCAGAUGGGUGUCUUAUGGCAACGAUGGGAAGCACCCUGGUUGUGAUCAAUCCUACUUGGGGCGAAGAGAGUUUUCCUUCACACUGGAGAAUGAUAUUUAUCUGCGUUUCCAAUCUUUCAACAAUGCCCUUGAGCUCGAAAACUCCGUCAAAGAAAAGUCCCCUGUUAAGAUAGAUAUUGGACCUGUCUACUCUGUUGAUCCUGCAAAAAGGUAUGCCUAUGCACAGAGUGAAAAUAAUGUCUUUGCCCCAGUUGAGAGGGAGUUGAUAUUUGAUAUAGAUAUGACAGACUAUGAUGAUGCUAGAUACUGCUGUUCAGGUGCUGAUGUUUGUUUGGUUUGCUGGCCCUUGAUGACUAUAGCGAUCAAAGUGAUUGAUACUUCCUUAAGAGAUGACUUUGGUUUCAAACACAUUCUCUGGGUAUACAGUGGACGCAGAGGUGUUCAUUGCUGGGUCUGUGAUGGGAAGGCAAGAAGGUUGUCUAAUGAGCAGAGAGGUGCUAUUGCUGACUAUUUUCGUGUCUACAAGGGCAAUGAAAAUAGUCAUAAAAAGGUUUCUUUGACGGGUGCUGCUCUUCAUCCUUUCUUGGCGACAACAUACACUAAUGUUCUCAAGGACUACUUUGAGAAAAAUCUGCUUACCGGACAAAAUUUACUUGCUACUGAAGAGAGAUAUGAGAAGAUCCUAAACAUGGUUCCUGAUGAAUCUAUUGCAUCUGAACUUAGGGGAAGAUGGCAAGAUAGUAGGCGGUCGUCUACUGCAAAAGAAGACAUCAAUGUUGUUCGAUGGGAACAGUUCAAACAGUUGCUGCAAUCUGGAAAGCACAAGGCGCAAGGUCUGCGUCGAUGUGUUGAAGAGAUUGUGUUCUCCUUUACAUAUCCCAGGCUAGAUAUGGAGGUUUCUAAACAUAUGAAUCAUUUGCUUAAAGCACCGUUUUGUGUACAUCCUAAAACAGGUCGUGUUUGUGUCCCUAUUGAUCCAAAUCGUUGCGACGAAUUUGAUCCUACUACAGUACCCACCCUUUCUCAGCUGAUGGAAGAGCUUAAUAAUGAAGGCUCAAGAUCUGAUGUUGAUGGUGAAUUGAAUAGAACUUCGCUUGGAAAUGCUAUUUCGCUCUUCAGAUCGUCAUUCUUACAGCCUUUACUAAAAGCCUGCAAGGAGGAGAUAGAAAAUUCGUAUAACUUAAAAUUGCAGCAGUCAAAGAAUUCCCUUGGUUGGUAG